AUGAACGUAAAGGGUUUGUUAUUAGAGAAUUCACGGUAUUUAUUUCAACUUCAAAAUUCAACGGUUUUCAGAAAUGGGAACGAGUUACAAUUCCCUAUCGAAAGAGGCCAAACGGGUCACUAA